UGGGAGACCCUCGCGGGGAUGGAGCGCGAGAUUAAGGUGUUAAAGGAGGUGGCGCUGCUCCCGCUGGUGUAUCCGGAGGCGUUCGAUGCACUGGGCGUUAACCCCGGAAGAGGCGUAUUACUUCACGGUCCGCCGGGGACGGGUAAGACGGCGGCGGUUCGAGCGCUCCUCGGCGCCGCGGCUCGUGGCCCGCGCCCGGUCUCGUUCUUUAACCGCAAGGGCGCGGACUGCCUCGGCAAGUACAUGGGCGAGGCGGAGCGAUCGCUUCGCUUGCUUUUCCAGGAGGCUGAGCGAAGGCAGCCGAGCAUCAUUUUCUUUGACGAGAUUGACGGAUUGGCGCCGGCGAGGAAGUCGGGCGGGGGAAGCGGCGACGCGCACGAUCAGAUCCACGGCUCCGUCGUCGCCACCCUGCUCGCGCUCAUGGACGGCCUGAGCCCGCGGGGCAGCGUGGUGGUGGUCGCGGCCACGAACCGCCCGGACGCGGUGGAUCCCGCGCUGAGACGGCCGGGCCGGUUCGACCGUGAGCUUCACUUUUCUCUCCCGGGCCCGGCGGCGCGGCGCGAAAUUUUGCGACUGCACACCCGCGAGUGGAGGCCGCAACCGCCGGAUCGGACGAUCGCGGCGGUGGCUGCGCGGACGGAGGGUGCCGCCGGGGCGGAUCUUCGCGCGCUGUGUUCCGCGGCUCUGCUUUCGGCGUUGAGGCGACGG